AUGACCAAAUCUAAGAAAAACCAGGUUGUUGAAUUGAAUUUUGACAAUUUGGAGAAACUUGACCACUUGAAGCCAGUGCCCAAGUCCAGAUCAUCUUCCAUCACCUCCAUCGAGUCAGAUGAUGGUUCCAUCUCUGAGAUGUUAAAACCUCCUCCAAGAAAGGACUUUGACGAUAUUGUUGCAUUUGAGUCGUAUAUUAGAGACGAGACAUGGGAUAACGAUUUCGACUACUGCCAUGCGCACUUAGCCUACUACCCACCAUUCAUUUUGAAGGAAGUGCACGAUAAUUUGGAUAAGAUUAAGCCAACCAUGAACAAGAACUCGCGCAAAUUUAGAAGAAACUUGCAGCACCAUAUCAAGCGCCACUUGAUGAAGGAGAUGCAGUUGUGUUCGGGUUUCGAAAUGGAUUUCGGCAAAGCUGUAGUGGAGGAGACUCCAAAGUCCAUUACCUGGAAGUUUGAGGAUGCCGGACUCCACGGCUUCUCUGAGGAGGAAGAGGACUUGUUUGAUAGACACUGGAAGUUGGAGUUGCAAGUUAAGUGCAAUAAUGAGAACCCAUUGGUUGAGGUUGACUACAGGGCCAUUCCUCUCUAG